AUGGAUGCUGGUGCAAUCCCUUGCCAGAGAGUCUCGGAUAGGAAGCGGCCGCUAGAUGUCAUUCCCCCAGCAGCACGGAAGCUCCGGUCCAAGCUCCCACGCCGGAAGCGCGCCGUCAUUUCCAAUCUCCAUCUCUUAACUGCCAUCUUAGAUCAUGGGGACGGUGAGGGAUCGUCCUCCUGCUUCCACAGUGGCCUGUCCACCGUCUCCUCCCACUACCCCGCCGGAUCCGACGCUUCGAAGCCUCCGCAAUCACCCCACAGGAUGAAGGCGAUCGCUGCUGAUCAGAACCGCCCCAUCACCCGCUGGUAUUCUCGGAAGAAGGGACUCCUCCGAUCGAGGCUUGAAUUGGCCGCUCCGGAGAUCUCGAAGCAAACAGUAGAGAAUCCUCCCGAGAUCUCCGAAACUUCCGUCCUAGAGUCAGUGUCCGAGGUCCUCCCCGGAAUGAUCACCAAAUCGGCUGUCUCUGAGAGCUCUGUCGCACGGCGAGGUGGUGAUACCCGCGAUCUAGACCUCGACUCCGAUCUAGCAUGCUCCGAAAGGCUCUCCGGCGAGUGCAGCGGCAGCUCGGAGUACUCGACGUGCAACGAGAUGACGCUCUCGGAUUUAGAUUCCGAUCUCUUUCUCUGCGGAUCCUCCUCCUACUGCAGCUCAUCCAUCUACCUCGAUUCCACCGACGACUUCUCCGACCACUUCACAAACAACAACCCAUCGCCGACGUUCGCCUUCUUCCUCGAUCUCCGGCGACAACUCCAUCUAUUCUCCACACCCGGUGAUUCCGAUUCCUCUUCUAGAUUUCAAGAUCAAUCUCCAAUAGAAUUCACAGUGAUGAGGUUUGAAGAGGAGGACGAUGAGGAGGGCUAUAAAGGGCUAAGGAGGAGAGAGAGGAGGAACGGUGCGCCGACGAGCUACGCCGACGAGUACACAGACGAGACGAUCAACGGCGAUCUUAUUCUUCAGCAGCGGUUGCUGAUGGUGAACUGGAUCAUCGAGCAUGCAAAGGCCAUGGAGCUCCAGAAUGAGACUAUAUUCUUGGGCGUCAGUUUACUGGACAGGUUCCUAAGCAAAGGAUACUUCACUACGGAUAAGAACCUUCAGCUUCUGGGAAUCUCAUGCAUCACUCUGGCCACCAGGAUUGAAGAGAACCAACCCUACAACAGCAUUCGACAGAGAUCGUUCACAGUGGGAAGCAAUGUUUACUCUCGGUCAGAAGUAGUGUCCAUGGAAUGGCUGGUGAUGGAGGUCCUCAAGUUCCAGUGCUUCCCUCCCACCAUUCACAACUUCCUCUGGUUCUAUCUAAAGGCGAGCGGGGCGGACGCGGAGGUGGAGGCUCUUGCCCGUUACCUGGCCGUGCUGUCUUUACUAGACCAUGAGCGUCUAAGCUUCUGGCCUUCCACCGUCGCCGCCAGCCUUGUCAUCCUCGCCUCCCUUGCAACUGACCAUGACUCCUCCUGCCAUCUUGUCAUGGAGACCCAUGUGAGAACCAAAAAUGAUGACCUUCCUGAAUGCAUACAGAGCCUGGAGUGGCUGGUCAAAUAUGCUUGUUAGGAGACACUAGUGUCCAGGUUACCUUUUAGUCCUUCAUUUCUCUUUUUACUAAUACAAUUGGAUGCUAUAAAUAGAGUUAAUAAUAGAUGUAAAAAAUACGCUCUAAAUCAUUCAUUGGUGAGGCUAGACUUUUAGCAAUGAGAUGUUGGAAAUUUAGGCCCACCUGUUUUGUAUAAACAGUACAUGAUUUGACUUGAGCAUUA